AACAAUGAGUUGUUGGAUGCUGUCAUUUUCUGUCCACUAAGCAAUCCUCACUUUAUGGUAAAGCAAAGGUUCUUAAAGUAGAAAUUGACAACCAAACUAUGAAUUCCUAUAAAUAUUGGAGUUGAAUGAUUGAUGAAGCAAGUUGUGAAGCUAAGUUUAGCCAUCAGUGAGUAGAAAAUUUCAGACAUAACAUUCAAUGUUUUCUUGAUACCAUCAUCUAAACUUUGAUACUAGUACUACAAGAGAUAGUUAGAUACUUAGAUUCCAAGAAAAUGUUGAAAGAAGUUUCAGUGCUGUUACUUCUUUUGGUAUUCAUUAUUGCUGCUAUGGCUUCUGAUCCAGAUCCAGUGAUGGACUUCUGCAUAGCCAAAUCACCAGAAAACGUCUUCGAAUGCAAGAACUCGUCCGCGGCAACCAUAGAAGAUUUCACCUUCUCUGGGAUAAAGUUUCCAGGGAACUUCAAAAAAACUGGUUUUUCUUCUGUGGCUGUGAAUUCAAAUGUGUUUCCGGGUUUGAACACACUGGGGGUAUCAUUUGUGAGAGCAGAUUUUGAUGUUGGUGGUAUCAAUGUUCCUCACUACCAUCCAAGAGCAACAGAGGUUGCUUUUGUGCUGGAGGGGAAGAUUUAUUCAGGAUUUGUUGACACGAAGAACAAGGUUUUUGCCAAAGUUCUGGAGAAAGGGGAGGUAAUGGUUUUUCCAAGAGGAAUGCUGCAUUUUCAGUUGAAUGUUGGAGAUGGCCCUGCUACUAUUUUGGGAAGCUUUGAUAGCCAGAAUCCUGGUUUGAUGAGAAUUCCAAAUGCAGUUUUUGGUUCUGAUAUAAAGGUGGAGCUUUUGGAGAAGGCUUUUGGAUUGAAUUCUAAGGAGCUUGCUAAGUUGAAGAAGAAGUUUUCUUCUUAGAUAUGUUCUUUCUGUUAAUAAAUAAAUUUUUUUGAGGCCUGAUAAAUUGAAUGAUCAAGGUGUAAUCACAUCAUUCACAGUGGAAUUUUUUAUGUAUUGCAGAACAUUACUGACCAUUAGCUGAAAUUUUUAAUUUCCCAUCAGUGAGAAGUUAUUUGAUUAAUUUGUACUUUAUUAAUUUUGAUAAUUGAUCCCAAUAUUUGAAGGGCCUACUUCAUCUUUAAGA